AUGUUUGGAUUAAAGACACGAAAGCUGUUUGGUGUUCUCUCUGUACCGGUUAUUGUGGCACUGGUGUGCUGUGCACAGAGCGCAAACGAGCCCGGGAAUAUGUCUUUUGUGAAAGAAACGGUGGAUAAACUCCUCAAAGGAUACGACAUUCGCCUUCGUCCAGACUUUGGAGGAGCGCCUGUGGCAGUUGGAAUGAGUAUAGACGUGGCGAGUAUAGACAUGGUCUCCGAAGUCAAUAUGGAUUACACGUUGACCAUGUACUUCCAGCAGUACUGGAGAGACAAGCGUUUGGCGUACGCAGGGAUCCCUCUCAACCUCACGCUGGACAACCGGGUGGCCGACCAGCUGUGGGUGCCAGACACCUACUUCCUGAACGAUAAGAAGUCCUUCGUACACGGCGUCACCGUCAAGAACCGCAUGAUCCGACUUCAUCCGGACGGAACGGUCCUUUACGGGUUGAGAAUCACGACGACAGCUGCAUGUAUGAUGGACCUGAGGAGGUACCCUUUGGACGAGCAGAACUGCACUCUGGAGAUUGAGAGCUAUGGCUACACGACGGAUGACAUUGAGUUUUACUGGAAGGGAGGUGACAACGCGGUGACUGGCGUGCAACGCAUCGAGCUGCCCCAGUUCUCCAUAGUGGCCUACAAUCUGGUCUCCAGGAACGUGGUCUUCUCCACAGGUGCCUAUCCACGGCUGUCUCUGAGCUUCAAGCUGAAGAGGAACAUCGGCUACUUCAUCCUGCAGACCUACAUGCCCUCCAUCCUCAUCACCAUCCUCUCCUGGGUCUCCUUCUGGAUCAACUACGACGCCUCGGCCGCCCGAGUGGCUUUAGGUAUCACCACUGUGCUGACCAUGACCACCAUCAACACUCACCUGAGGGAAACCCUACCCAAGAUCCCCUACGUCAAAGCCAUAGACAUGUAUCUGAUGGGCUGCUUCGUCUUUGUGUUCUUGGCCCUGCUGGAGUACGCCUUCGUCAACUACAUCUUCUUCGGGAGGGGCCCGCAGAUGCAGAAGAAACUGGCCGAGAAGGCAGAGAAGGCAAACAACGACCGCAUGAAAUACGAUGGCAACCGAGUGGACGCCCAGGGCAACAUCCUCCUGACCACCCUGGAGAUCCACAACGAGGUGGCCAGCAACGAGAUCACCACCACCAGCCUGACCGAGACGCGCAACUCCUCCUCCAUGAUGUUCGACAACUCCUCAGGAAUCCAGUACCGGAAGCAGAGCAUGGCGCGCUCCGACGGGCGCCAGAGCAUGGAGCGCGGCGCCAUGCACCACAAGAAGCCGCGCCUGCGCCGGCGCUCCUCGCAACUCAAAAUCAAAAUCCCCGACCUCACGGACGUGAACACCAUCGAUCGAUGGUCACGGAUAAUAUUCCCCGCAGCUUUCUCGCUCUUCAAUCUCAUCUACUGGUUGUACUAUGUGAAUUAA